UUGGUUCUGAAGGGUGUUUCCGGAGUCGGUGUUUGACAGCAGAGAUUGACGAGAGCCGCUUUGGGUCAGUGGCCGUUGAUGGACCAGCCCUGUGCAGAGGCGGGGCUAGAAUGGGACAGAGCACAUCGGAACAGGAGGCGGACCCCACAGAGGAAGGGCUGGUCAAUAUCAAGUCUAUCGUGGAGGAUCAGCUACAGACCAGCAUGAUGGUGGGGAUCGUAAUCGGCGCUGGAAUCGCCAUCGUCCUCAUCGCCAUCCUCAUCUUCUUCGUCCUGCGGAGGAUCAAACUACGAAACCUGGAGGCGCAGGAAGCCCCCAAAUACCGCUUCCGCAAACGGGACAAGGUCAUGUUCUACGGGCGCAAGAUCAUAAGGAAGAUGUCCCAGUCUACCUCCUCCCUGGUGGGUAGCGCCUCCUCCUCACGACCCAGGCUGAAGAAGAAGCAGAAGAUGCUCAACAUCGCCAAAAAGAUCCUGCGCUUUAAGAAGGAGGUGCCCACUCUGCAGAUGAAGGAGCCCCCGCCCUCCGUGCUGGAGGCUGACCUCACCGAGUUCGACGUGGCCAACUCCCACCUGCCCUCCGAGGUGCUCUACAUGCUCAAGAACGUGCGGGUCCUGGGACACUUUGAGAAGCCGCUGUUCCUCGAGCUCUGCAAGCACAUGGUGUUCCUGCAGUUCCAGCAGGGGGAGUACGUCUUCCGCCCGGGACAGCCCGACAGCAGCAUCUAUGUGGUGCAGGACGGCAAGCUGGAGCUGUGUCUUACCGGCCAGGACGGUAAAGACGGUGUGGUGAAGGAGGUCUACCCCGGAGACAGCGUCCACAGUCUGCUCAGCAUCCUGGAUGUCAUCACUGGCCACCAGAAGCCAUACCGGACAGUGUCAGCACGGGCAGCCGAGGUGUCCACCGUGCUGCGCCUUCCUGUCGAGGCCUUCCUGUCCAUCUUCGAGAAGUACCCGGAGAGCCUGGUGCGAGUGGUGCAGAUCAUCAUGGUUCGGCUCCAGAGGGUAACAGUGUUGGCCCUGCACAACUACCUGGGGCUGACCAACGAGCUCUUCAGCCAUGAGAUGCAGCCCUUGCGCCUCCUGCCCCUCUCCCCCCACCCGGUGCGCACCAGCCCCGUCCGCCACAGCAAGCGCUUCGGCAGCCUGACCGUGUCCGAGGAGCAGCGGGAGGCCGCCACCAAGACCGACACGCCGGGAGGGGAUCAUGGGAAGGAGGGUGCCACCGUGCCCACUCUCAGCCGGGCCAUCUCCAUGCCAGUGGACAUCGCUGGGAUACAGAAGAGUCUGCGCUCGGACUUCGACAUGGCGUACGAGAGAGGACGCAUCUCCGUCUCCGCCGAGGAGGGCACGCCCAUCCCACCUACCUUCACACGGUCGGUGUCCCAGGAGCAGAAGGAGAGGAGGUCGGUGACGGUGGACGAGGUCCCGUCGGGGGUGUGCCUGUACCCCGAGGAAGAGGGUCUGGAGACCUUCUAUGGGCCGCUGCACGGCCGGGCCAGCACCUCCCUGUUUGAGGAGGCGCAGAAGGAGGUCCUCAAACUCAUGAGAAUCGAGGACCCCACCUUGCUGAACGGGAGGGUGACUCUGCACCACGCCAAAGCUGGGGCCGUCCUGGCGCGACAGGGAGACCAGGACGUCAGCCUCCAUUUUGUGCUGUCGGGCUGCCUGCACGUGUACCAGCGCAUGAUCGACAAGCAGGAGGCGGUGUGCCUGUUCGUGACGCAGCCGGGCGAGAUGGUGGGGCAGCUGGCCGUGCUGACGGGCGAGCCCCUCAUCUUCACCAUCAAGGCGGUGCGCGACUGCACCUUCCUCAAGAUCUCCAAGUCCGACUUCUACGAGAUCAUGCGGGAGCAGCCGAGCGUGGUGCUGAGCGCCGCGCACACCGUGGCCGUCCGCAUGUCGGCCUUCGUGCGGCAGAUGGACUUCGCCAUCGACUGGAUGGCCGUGGAGGCCGGCCGGGCCUUGUACAGGCAGGACGACCAGUCGGACUGUACCUACAUCGUGCUGAACGGGCGUCUGCGGUCCGUCAUCCGCAAGGCCAACGGCAAGAAGGAGCUGGUGGGGGAGUACGGCCGGGGGGACCUCAUCGGCGUGGUGGAGGCUCUGACCAGGCAGCCCAGGGCCACCACGGUCCACGCAGUCAGAGACACGGAGCUGGUGAAACUACCUGAGGGAACCCUCAACAACAUCAAACGCAGAUAUCCUCAGGUGGUGACCCGGUUAAUCCACCUUGGACAGAAGAUUUUGGGGAACCUGCAGCAAACCCGCGGCCCCUUCUCAGGCUCUGGCCUGGGUCUCGGCAGCGUGACGUCCAGCCCUGAUGUCACCAACCCGGCCAGCAACCUCUCCACCGUGGCCGUGCUGCCCGUGUGCGACGAGGUGCCAAUCAACGCCUUCAACCUGGAGCUAAGCCACGCCCUCAGUGCCAUAGGCCCCACCCUUCUGCUGACCAGCGACAUCAUUCGGGAGAGACUGGGGGCCUCCGCUCUCGACAGUAUCCACGAGUACCGUCUGUCAGGCUGGCUGGCCCAGCAGGAGGACAUAAACCGGAUCGUUCUGUACCAGACGGACAGCAGCAUGACCCCCUGGACCCAGCGCUGCAUCCGCCAGGCGGACUGCAUCCUCAUCGUGGGCCUGGGGGACCAGGAGCCCACCCUGGGGCAGCUGGAGCAGAUGCUGGAGAACACCGCCGUCCGUGCGCUGAAGCAGCUGAUUCUCCUGCAUCGCGAGGACGGCCCGGGCCCCUCCCGGACCGUGGAGUGGCUCAACAUGCGGAGCUGGUGCUCCGGACACCUGCACCUGAGGUGCCCCCGCAGGGUGUUCUCCCGACGCGGCCCCGCUAAGCUGAGGGAGGUGUAUGAGAAGGUGUUUGAGAAGACGGCAGACAGGCACAGUGACUUCUCUCGGCUGGCCCGAGUUCUCACAGGGAACACCAUCGCCUUGGUCCUGGGGGGAGGAGGAGCCAGGGGCUGCUCCCACGUGGGCGUGAUCAAGGCCAUGGAGGAGGCGGGGAUCCCCAUCGACAUCGUGGGCGGGACCUCCAUCGGGUCGUUCAUCGGGGCCCUGUACGCCGAGGAGAGGAGCGCUGUGCGCACCAAACAGAGGGCCCGCGAGUGGGCCAAGGCGAUGAACUCGGUGUUUAAGACGGUGCUGGACCUGACCUAUCCCAUCACCUCCAUGUUUUCCGGCUCCGCCUUCAACACCAGCAUCUCCAAGGUGUUCCAGGACAAGCAGGUGGAGGACCUGUGGCUGCCGUACUUCAACGUCACCACCGACAUCACCGCCUCCUCCAUGCGUGUGCACAAAGACGGCAGUGUGUGGCGGUACGUUAGGGCGAGUGCAUCCUACGCCCCUUAUUUACCUCCUCUCUGCGAUCCCAAGGACGGCCACCUGCUUGUGGAUGGCUGCUAUGUAAACAAUGUCCCAGGGUCUCUGUGGCGCUAUGUGCGGGCGAGCAUGACCCUUUCGGGGUACCUCCCCCCCCUGUGUGACCCCAAAGGCGGAAACUUGCUCAUGGAUGGUGGCUACAUCAACAACCUCCCAGCGGACAUCGCCCGCAACAUGGGCGCCAAGACGGUCAUCGCCAUCGACGUGGGCAGCCAGGACGAGACCGACCUCUGUAACUACGGCGACUCCCUGUCCGGCUGGUGGUUGCUGUGGAAACGGAUAAACCCCUGGGCCGAGAAAGUCAAGGUGCCGGACAUGGCGGAGAUCCAGUCCCGGCUGGCCUACGUGUCGUGCGUGCGGCAGCUGGAGGUGGUGAAGAAGAGCGCGUACUGCGAGUACAUCCGCCCGCCCAUCGACCGCUUCAAGACCAUGGACUUCGGCAAGUUCGACGAGAUCUACGAUGUGGGCUAUGACCACGGGAAGGUUCUGUUCACCGGAUGGGCCCGUGGUGACAUCAUCGACAACAUGCUGAAGGAUCACCGCUCCGCCGACUACACUGACAGCAAGAAGGCAGACACGUGCACGUGCCCUGGAGCAGACUUCACAGACCUGGCGGAGAUCGUGUCCCGGAUCGAGCCCGUCCAGAGCUACGUGUCUGCUGAGGCGGAGGAGUCGGACUGCCUGACUGAGUAUGAGGAGGAUGGGAUGGACACGGUGAGGGAGGAAGAGGGGGAGGAGGAAGAGGAGGAGCCUUACGACCCAGAGGACCACUCCCCCGGAGAGUGGGGACCCAACGGGGUCUUCCAGACGGACGAGGAGAAGAGCGUUCGGCAGAGGAAGAUCAACCCCAGCGACUCCAACACCUGCUCCGAGGUCUCUGACUGCUGACGCGGAGAGAGAAAGGAAAAAAAAAAGAAAGGAGGGAAGGAUGGGAAAGGAGGUGUGGAGCGACGGCGUUCGGCGUUCGCUCUCCUCAGAGGGCUCCUCCCGGGGCGGGAGGCCGACGGUGGAGGGCCGAGAAGGAACGGCGAUGCCAAACCCCACUCCUGCGACUGAAGCCCCUCAGGACUGGUAGCCAAUCGAAAACCUUCUCUCUGUCCCUCCUGGACCCUCGCGCCCCCCCCCCCACCACCCCCCACCCGGGACCAUCAACUGUAAAGGAUCCCCCCCCCCCCCCACUCUCUCCCCCAGCUAACAAAAAAAACUUUCUGACAGUGUUGCUGCCAUGUAGUGUGGACCAGAGUCCCAUGCAGCUCCACACCAGUCUCUCACUGUGGAGCUGAGGAGGGAUCGAGAGAGAGAGAGAGAGGUCGGAGGUCGGAGGUCAUCUCAUCUCCACGGCAACCAUCCUGCCCGUCUUCUUAAACCCCGCCCAGUGCCUGCACCCCCCCGUCUUCAGCUUUGUGGACUGAGAAAUGAGUGUGUGUGUGUGUGUGUGUGUGUGUGUGUACGCGUGCGUGCGUGCGUGCGUGCGUGUGUGCGUGCAUGUGUAUCUGUGUCCGUGUGUGUACGUGUGCACGUGUGUGUGUGGCUCUGCUUGCACUCUGUCAUUGUGAGAGGGGGGGGGUCCUGGACCUCACAGAGGUGUGCAACUGUCCGUCUGUCACAGACACUUCUUUGCCACUGUCCCAACCUCUCCGGCUGCUUCUCCAAACCCCACGUGGCCACCGCGGCGUCUCGUCACAGGCAGGACCGCCAGCGCCUCGCGCCGAGACAGAAACGUGUACAUAACUCCCGACAUGAGCCACAUGAACAGACACACGCACACGCGAACGUGAGAUGUGGCAAAUUCAUCUGCUCUAAAGAAAACCCCAACCUGCUUCGUGGGGACGUGUACAGAACUUUGCAACAAGCCUUCCACAGAACCCGUUCACCUAUACAGAGUGGCUUUCCACUGUCAACACUUUACCCUAAUUACUUUUUUUAAAUAGCGGCUUUUCUUUUUAAACAUUUUUUUUUUAUUUAACACUGGAAAUUUAAACGCAAGAGAUAUGGAUACAUAUCUGAUAAAAUGUUUAAAAAAUGUUUCUUUUUUUUUAAAGCUUUGUUUUGGCCAUUUUUGCACUGAUACUGUAGAACUAUUCCUUGUGGGAGAAACUGAUGAUUACUUUUAUUUUGGAUCUGCUAUAAGAUGCCAACGGAAUAGGAAGAUGUAAUGUAUACCGGAUGUGAUAUAUAUAUAAAUAUAUAUAUAUAAAUAUAUAAUUUAAGAAAUGUAUAAAAAUGCUUUCAAAAAAAUAAAUACACAUCUAAUGGUAA